AUGUGGACCAUUUGUUCAAAAAUUAUUCUAAGAAGGGAGGCUAUCUACAUUAGGAGACAGCCCCUCCUCCUCAAGAACGGUAGGGGCCCCUACGAUGUCUAUGCGGGUUCCUACGAUGUCUAUGCGGGUUCCUACGAUGUCUAUGCGGGUUCCUACCUGAUCCUCGCCGUCUGCCGUUCACUCGCAUCGGGCUGUACACGCUGGUGUUUGGCUCGAAACAGAGCUUUCGGCCCUACACAUUGGUGUUGGGGUCGUACAUCCGGCAUUGGGUUAGAGAGGUCGGCAUUGGUCGUACACACUGGCGUUGGGCUCAAAAUGUCGGUGUUCGGUUGUAUAUGCUGGUAA